AUGUCUUUAUCGCUCUCGCAGCCUCGCUCGUCCAUUCAAGAUCGCUCUCGCGAUCCCCUCGCCCUGGAUCCUCCUGACCUCUCCGCCCUCUCUGGGAACCGACUCUGGCUGGGCGACCUUGCCUUUCCACAGACCACCCUCGGCCUCCCUGUCUCCGUCCUGCCUUCCGCCCCUGCCCCGAGAGAAGCUGCCGCCAACCUGGCGACCCUCGCGAUCCCCCCCGGCAUGGGGACGGGCCUGGAGGUCCAGCAACCGCUGAGUGCGCGGCGACCCGCCGCUCCCCCGUUGCCCACCUUCGAACUGCCCGCGCCGACCUUCACCGCGACGCCGGGCAAGUACCCUUCGCAGGCGCAUCCGCUGAACCAUCCCCAUCUCCCUCCUCCAAAUCCCACGGUCAUCGCAUCGCAGCCAGAAUCCACCGCGACCGCGACGACAACGACAGCCACAACGACCGCCGUGUCAUCGUCUCCGGAAUCGACCUCGUACUGGGCAGGCGGCUCAUAUAGCGGGAGUACCGGUACAGGCCGGCAGUGGACACCGAACCUGGGCUCGUCGUAUUCCAACCGAGAUCCCUUCAGCCCAUCCUUCCAUCGCAAUCCGGCGACCUCCACCCCCGGCGCCGACUCCAUUCCGCAGCCCCAGGCCCCGACAUACGACAUGAACCAGCUCCCUCCGUUCCAGCAGCCGCUCUCAGCAACCGCAACCGCACCACCCGCUCACAUGCCCGCCCACCCCAUGCUCAGCUCCCACCCCCCCGUCCCCUCGAACGACCCGUACAUGUCCAAAUCCUCCUCCGCACCCGCCUACGGCGCCGUCCUCUCCAGCCCACCGGGCUACCAAUACCCUCCUGCCGCACCGACCGGCCCACCACCACUACCCAUGCACCAUCCGCCACGCGUCGCGUCGAAUCCUCCCCCACCACACCUCAGCUAUCCGCCCCAACCACGGCAGCCCUGGCCGUCAUACAGCCUGCCCGCGAUGACCGGUCCCGUGAUGACGAACGUGCACUCGCCCGGCGGGCAGAUGUCGCUGAUGGGCCCGCCGCAGUCUGGGCUCCUGCCGGGUUUUAACAGCGGACUGGCGGCCAGCAUGCAGCAGAUGUAUGGCGGGCACCAUCCGCACAUGAUGCACGGGGCCGUCGGACCGACCAACGACCGGCCGUUCAAGUGCGACAAGUGCGGGCAGAGCUUCAACCGGAACCACGAUCUGAAACGGCAUAGUCGCAUCCAUCUGGCGGUUAAGCCGUAUCCUUGCCAUAGCUGCGAUAAGCAGUUUUCGCGGAAAGAUGCGUUGAAGGAUGCAAGGAUCCGAAUGAGCCAGAGAGAUCGGUCAAGGUCGAGGGGGGCGAGCAUUAACUUAUUCGCUCUCGACCCGCGUUGGCCCAUCGCAACGUAUCGCAAGAAACGCAACACGGCUCGAACCCAAAUCGUGCGCUCGUCGAACACAAACCGGCUAUCCACGUUGAAACUGCACCAUGUCGAUGACGGUGGAAAUAGGACAGAGGACAGAGGAAUGACGGAGGAUAUGAGAGGAAAAAGGCAGGUCGCAGCACUCGAAGCACUCGAGCCGCAGCCCGCCGACUCGGAACGAGUCAACAACCCCCCCUCGACCUCUUUCUCCUCUUCAGCACAUACCAAUCCACCCUCGAGUCUCGACGCCCCUACUCCCCAGCUCCAACACCUCCAACAAGGUUCAACUGGUUGUCCUUCUUGCCAUCGGCGCGAAACACAAAUGCAAGUGUCGAGUACGUUUACGUUUAGGGAUGCCGGAGGGACGGGCUCGCUUUCGUUCCCGUCUAUCACCACGCACGACUCUCCUCCGGCCCCUUCUACCACUACCAGGGAUAGCUGGAGUAUGGGCGUGGAUGUGGAUGUGGAUGUGGAUGUGGAAGAGGAGGACGGCGAGGACGUGGAAGAGGAAGAGGAAGAGGAAGAGGAAGAGGAAGAGGAAGAGACGCACGCCCUCUACGCGCAUCCAUGGCUCUCCUUCUGA